GCAUGCGCGGGGACGACAGGGCGCGCGCCCCGGGAGGGGAUGGUGGGAGGGCGGUCCUCGCGUUGCCCCUGGAAACCACCGGGAGCCAGAGCGACCCGGGAGCAAGACGUGAGAAUACAAGAUGGCGGAAGACCUAGACGAGCUCUUGGAUGAGGUGGAGUCCAAGUUUUGCCGACCAGACCCACUGAGACUGGGUACGGUCGAGCGGCCCAGAGGCGGCGGAGGCGGCUUCUUCGGCCACGACCAGAACCGAGCCGAGGCGAAAGAGAAUCUCAGAUCAGCAGAAACAUUUGAAAAAGAAGAUGAUCUUGACAGUCUCAUUAAUGAAAUAUUUGAAGAGCCCCACUUCAACAAAAAACACUUUAAAUUAAAAUCUAAAUCUUCAGGUAACACAUCUGUCAGAGCUUCCAUUCAAGGCCUUGGUAAAAGCUGCAGCCCAGUGUACAUUGGCGGAAGCACUGUUCCGUGUGGGAUUGGGACAAAUACUUCACCAAGAGCAUGUGACCAUCUGCGUUGUACAGCCUGUGAUUUCUGGGUAGAAAGCUACGAUGACUAUAGGUGGGACAAAUCAUGUGAUUACCUGUUUUUCAGGAACAAUAUGCCAGAAUUCCACAAAUUAAAAACAAAGCUGGUAAAGAAGAAAGGAACACGAGCAUACGCCUGCCAGUGCAGCUGGAGAGCUGUUGAAGAACUGACUGACCUUCAGAGCGACCAUCAGCUUCGCUGGGUUUGUGGCAAACACUAAGGAUCCAGACUUCCUACAUUCAGACAGCUGCAUCCAUGAGAGCAGUCUCUGUUCAUCGCCACAGUGUUUAGGUAAAGGUACAUAGUAUCAUGCCCUUGGGAAAAGACAAAGUUUCAUUUAAUGGCUAUACAAAUUUUCAAGGACUAAAUGGACUUGGGAAGAUAAUGUGCUUUAACAUUUUGGAAUUAUUCAUUUUUGAUAUAUGAGCAUUUCACUUAGUAAGGUAACAGGUUAUCCAAAUACUUCUUUGCUAGGCUGUCUCCUGGAGUUUCAUACAGAUAUAUAGCCAUUCACUAGUAAUUGCCAUACUCCUGACUGCUAAUACACUUAGCAUGAGUAUUCCUCAUUAUAGCAGUUAAAGGGGAUAAAGCAGACCUCUGGCCCUCAGAGAGGUCACUGAAAGGGGUAUACAUCACCUGCUCUGGUCAGAUCUGCUGUUAGCAAAAAUAAUAAUUUAGACAUGUCAGAAUCCAUAUAGUCAGUGACUGAUGAAAGGGUUUUCAAGAGUGUGGGUGAAUUGUAGGUGAAAACACUGCCUGUAUCUGAUCUUACUUCACAAACUCAAAGCAAUUCUAUGCACAACAGUCAGUAUAUAUUACCAGUUUUAACUUAUUCUCCUCCUUUUGUUCAUUUAGAUAGCAAAAGGUAUCUAGUUUUGUAUUUUAGCAAAUAUUCAUUUCUAUAUAAAAAAGAUUGUUUUGAUGCACCUAAAACUAAAAGGAAAAAUCCUGAUACAAAUCAUUGCUGGAUUUUCCAAGUAUCUUCUUGCCUUUAAUGCCCUAAAACUCCAUUAAGUAAAGAGAACAGCAAGUAAGAUAUUUUCUCAGGCAGCCUGUUGAUUUCUCUGGUAGGAUCAGGUUGACAUGCUGUUCAUUAGAUAACUACAUGAAAAGAGAAAUAAAGCAUAGCUGAACCAGCAGGUAACCUGUUGGGCUCCUUAAUAUGACUAAGACCUGAGGAAUCCUACAAAGCAGCACAUUUGGAAAAGCGGUUACCUCAAAAUUACCAGCUUCCAGCCUCAUCAGGAGAUUCCAGUUUGCCAGACGCUCUUCACCACAUGUGUCUAUUAUGCAAUUCAGAUAUGUGACACAAGGCUUCCUUAAAGGGAGUAACCAAACACAGUUAUGAUCUGUUUAGUCUUAUACUGAAUCUGUUCCAGCCAUUUUACGCAAGCAAAGAAAGAUCUGGUCGUUAAAAUCCUUUUCCUAACCGUGACACUUUUGCAUAUGUGUAUAAUUUGCUCUAGUAAGUAAGUCUAGUAUUCUGAUAGGAUAACUCUCACUGGCAGAUGCUCACAUUCUUAUAUUAAGGAUAUGUUUACAGAUCUUAUCUUUCAAUAAGUGUUUUAUCCCCUAAAAUUUUAUCAGAAACAUAGGAGGAUCUGGGUUGAAUUGCCUAUUGCAAAAAAUAGCAGAGCACCAAGAUCCACACAUUCAGGACCUCAUGGAAUUUGGCACAUUUAGUCAUAAUGGUGAUUUUUUUUUUUUAAUGAGCAAAUUUACUAAAUUAUGGAUUUGAAUUUUUUGCUUUUAUUAUUUCAUUAUAACUAUUCUAUAACUUAGAUAUAUUGCCCAUGUUUAGCAGUCCGUAACAUAAUAGUUAUAAUAAUUAAUUCCCCAAUGUCAGAAAUGUGUAAAUGAGUUCAUAUUUUUGUUGGCAAUUUACUUUAUAAGCUUUUUAAUAUUGUAUAAUUUUUAAUCUAAAAUGUAGAAAGUAUGUUUAUAUACAAAUGAGUAGACUAGUACCGGUUGUAACUUAUUAGCCAAAACGCAGCUACUUUACUGUCAAUGUAGAAGAGUGUAGCUUGUAAUCAAUUAUAAUUUUUAAAUGGAAAGUCUAUAAAACUUUCAAGAUGUUUUGCCCAUUUGUUUUCAAUAUUUAUAAUAAUUUUCUACUACCUUCAAGUAUCUUAUUUUUUUUAAUUAAAGUUUUAUUGAAACACAGUAUGUAACAAACCCACUUGUUUAUCUAGUUGUAGAGCCCUAGUGCUGGCUCAGUGCUUGGCAGCAUGGGGGCUCGUAGUUUCUGGAUCAGGGAUCAAGCCUGAGUCUCCUGCAUUGCAUGGAUUCUUGACUGCUGGACUACCAGGAAGGUCCCAGCAAGUGUCUGUUUCUUAUCAAGCCAGGUAGCUACUUUAUUUGAACUCUGUUGUACUCGCAUACCUUUAUCUUGCCCAGAAGUAAAUAAAUAAUAAGUAGCUUUACUCUGUAUUUAGGUGUAUUUUUUUUGUUUUAUAAUAAAAUAUUCAUAUGGGGAUUAA